AUGUCAUUAGUUGGUAAAGAAUUUAAAUUACAUAAUGGUAAUACUAUUCCUGCAAUUGGUUUUGGUACUGGUACAAAAUGGUUUAAAUUAGGUAGGAAUGAAAUUGAUUCGAAUUUAAUUAAUAUUAUUUCUGUUGCUAUAAAAUUAGGUUUUACUCAUAUUGAUGGUGCGGAAAUUUAUAAUACAAAUAAAGAGAUCGGUAAAGCUAUUAAAAAAUCCGGUAUUGAUAGGUCAAAAUUAUUUAUUACAAAUAAAUUUCAAGCUGGUGAUUUUACAUUUGAUAAAUCCAAAAUUUCAAAAUUUGGUUAUCCUUAUGAUGCUUUAAAAAAUGAUUUAAAAGAAUUGGAAGUAGAUUAUGUUGAUUUAUAUCUUUUACAUUUCCCAUAUAUAUCAAAAGAAUCUCACGGUUAUGAUUUAAUUGAAGCUUGGAAACAAUUGGAAAAACUAGUUGAUGAAGGUUUAGUUAAAAAUAUUGGUGUUUCAAAUUUUACAAUUGAAGAUUUAACAAAGAUAUUAAAAUCCAAUCCAAAAUAUAAACCACAAGUUAAUCAAAUUGAAUAUUCUGCAUAUUUACAAAAUCAAACUCCAGGGAUAGUUAAAUUUUGUCAAGAACAAGAUAUUUUAAUUGAAACUUAUGGUGGAUUAAGUCCAAUUACAAAAGCAAGUCCAGGUCCGUUGGAUGAAAUUUUGCAAAAAUUAUCAAAGAAAUAUAAUAAAACAAAUUCUCAAAUUUUAUUAAAGUGGGCUUUACAAAAGGGAACUUUACCAAUUACAACAUCCUCUAAUGAAGAUAGAAUUAAAUCAUAUUUGGAAAUAUUUGAUUUUGAUUUAAAUGAAGAUGAAGUUGAAGAAAUUACAAAUAGAGGUAAAGAAAAAACACAUAGAAGUUUUUCAAAAGAAUAUUCAAGAUAUGAUUGA